CGGAGCGGAGCAGACAGCACGGUCAACUUUCUCUCGGUGAACACUAACAAACCCCGCGAGCUCCAUGGGUCACAGCUGCAGCUCUGGGCCGAACCGAGCCGUUCUCAAGGGGUUGAAGAAGGCGAGGAGGAUUCAUCACGAGACGAUUGGGACAUGUCCGAAAGUUCUUCAGGUGUGAACACUCUCAGUGGCAGUUUUCCCAAAUCCCACUCAUCCCAGUACUCUGACCUCAGGGUUACACGUACACCUCUCUCUGUGGACCAGAGUCCUGAUUCUGGACUUGUAUCUACACCUCUUCCAUCAAGUCGGUUCCGGUUUGUGUCUUGGCAUCGCCUGGAGCAGUCUGAUGUCACGGGUGACCAACUGACCUGCCCCAGGGUCAGAGAAGGGCCAUCAGAUGAGGAGCUGUUUCAAAGAGAGGGGGAGGACAUCUGCUUGGAGAGAGGGAGGAGAAGGAGGAGAGAGGAGGAAGGACAAAGAUGGGAGGAUAGACUGCAAGAGAAUUGGGAAAACUGUCUGGAGUUAAAUCUGUCCUACCAGGACUUGGGUGAUCCCUUCCAACAAGAGAAUUUCCUCCGGAUCCUCCGCCGGUUGAUCCGUGUUGAGAAACUACAACUGGUUGACAACUCCCUCAGCAACCUGAGUUCUGUACGUCUGCCAAGGUGCAGAAUGCUGAACCUGAACCGUAACCACCUGGUGUGUCUGCGUCAGCUGCCAAAGCUCCCAGCAGUGGAGCACCUUAGUCUGUCUGAGAACGCCAUCGGCUCCCUGGGGGGACUGGGAGCUCUGGGGAACAGCCCGCUCCGCUCCCUCAACCUGACCCGCAACCCAGUGACCUUCACUCAGGAUUACCGUGCACGUGUUUUCCUCUGUUUGCCAAAGCUGGAGGUCCUGGAUGAAAUCCUCAAGCUGCCAGAAGACUCUCUGCCCACCAGACUACAGUUCCCAGAAACCACCAGGAUGUGCAACAUUUUAUGACACGUGAAACGAUUGAAGUUGCACUAAAGGUUUCAUGGAGCUGCUAAAAAUGAAUUCACACAAAUUGUGUCACAACAGUUGCCGAAAACACCGACAUGCAGUCACAGGACAUGUGAUGGUAAUGUGCUCCAAGGCCACGCAACAUGCUUUUUAUAUAUAUAUAUAUAUAUAUCAUUAGUGAUAUCUUUGUAAGUAGAGAUUAUUUUCUAUAUCCUAUCCACAUAUUUUGAUAAUAAAUAUAAA